ACUGCAGCGAUGCCUUUAAAUGCGUCUACAAUUUUGCGGGUUGCUUCUUUUGUGUACUACCCGUAUCAAUCAUUUGAGGCACCAGGUAUAAACGUGCCAGUUAAAGGCUUUAAUGGUCAUGUCCUACGAGCAAUAUGUCGGUCCCUCCAGUUGACUUACGAAAUAAUCGAGUCGAAGGCAUGGGGUCUCCAGAAAAAUGAUGGAAGUUGGACUGGAGCUAUGGGACGCAUCGAAAGAGACGAAGCUGACAUGACCUUAUGCCCUACGAAUCCGACAGCGCCUAAAAUGCUUGUGGGGGAGCAGACAUUUCCCUUGCAUCCAAUCGAAUUGUUAAUCCUAAAUGGAAGAAAGACACGACAUGAUCAAAACAUGUUUGGGAUCCUUUUCACGUUCGACGGUUCGGUGUGGGCGGUUCUCGUAUUCAGUUUACUGCUUAUGGCCUUACUAAUGACUCUCCUACACUAUACUAUCUCGCGGAUUUCGCCAUGGAUUCGGUAUCAAGGCCCUUCUACAACGUACAUCAGCUAUGUAUUCAUGCUAACCCAGAAUACGUUUAAUGAAGGCACAGCUCAUCCUCCCCCGAAGAAAAAUUCCAUUAGUUUGCUCUGGAUGUCCUGGUUACUUUCCAUUCCGAUUAUCUUAAUGAGUGCGUUUGCUGGUCAACUCAAGGCGUCGAUGAUGUUCAAACCGGAAAAGCCCAAAAUACAUAAUCUUCUUGAUCUAUAUAAUAGUCAACAUGACGUUUACUUAGCGAAAGACAGCGCGGGAGAGUCAGCUCUUAAGGCUCAUCCUGCGAGGUACGUGCAGAAAAUGUACGCUCGAAUUCUUUCCGACAAAACUUAUGGGACCGCUGAAAGAAUUAUUCAGGAUGACGUUCUCGAUAUGGUUCUUAAUGACCGCGCAUCAAUUAUCACUUCACGCCCCGCCGAAGCAAUGGUCGCUGAGAGGAAGUGCUCAGUAAUAGAACAAGGCGAUUUCUAUAUCAGUGAGCGCCCUGUCCGGGCAUUUAAUGCUGUGUACCAUUUAAACUAUCGUCUAUCUUUGGAUCUGCGGCGGAAUAUUCAAGACCGGAUUGGUUGGUUGGCAGACAGUGGUUUGUUAGAUCGCUGGUGGAAAGAGAUUGCUGGUGCCUGGAAUGGUUGUUCCAGAGGAGAUCCUCUUGAUCUAAACGCCCUGUCGAUCUCGGACUUCCAAAUGAUUGCCUGCUUUUGGCUUCUUGGCAUCUCUAUCGCAUCUGUACUUUUCGUUGUGGAAAGACGGACCUGUGUCAGCGGAUGUGCGAAACUAUGCAAGCGGAAUCUAUCAUGCCAUGGAGAAUAAUACCGCUAAAAUAGCGUAUAUCCGUUCGCAUGGUUGAGGACAAAUAAACCUUUUCGAAAUUCUAAAUUCUAAGGAAAUUGCAGGGCUCAGCAUAUUAUUUUGCGUUGGGGAAUAAACUAGCCUCGCAUCAAACUUUAUAGACUGUUGCCGAUGCAUAUCGAAGUAAAUAAAUUUUACUUAUAAUGAAUCAGAAAAAAUAUACUUGUGUAGUCUACC